AUGCAUGGCUAUUGCUACAACGACAAGAGGUCCCCUCCCCAGCGCGGCUACGGCUACCUCUUCACCUACGUACGUUACUGGGAUAUGCAACAGCGCGGAGGCCACGGCCUAUGUGGUGGCUUCAUUCUGAAGAAAAAGCCUAGCGACGGAGGAGGGACAAGCAAGAAGAUCAAUCGCUGGGGCAAUUGUGAGGGGGAACCCCUACGCAUUGCGCGCUUCACCUACAACCAACAGAACUACUUCGAUCUCUACGCGUUCUUCGACGAUAGGCCUGCACCCGUUCUCGGGUUUUGGAGGAAACAGCCGGGCAAAGGAGCCGAGCUGGUGGCGGGAGUCGACCAGGAUGGGGUCCGUCACGCUUGGGGGACCCACAUCAACGCCUGGGCCAGACCGGGGCACGACUGGACCCUACUGGGAGCCAACUAUGUCUCCUUCUCCCUUGAGGUGUGUCUUGCCCAGUCGACUUGUGAGGAAGUGCUCGCCAUCAACGUUGAAAAGCAGGAAAACGACCAAGGGCUCGUUGACGAGAUCACGGUCUCCACCCAUGAGGUCAACAACCAGAGCGACGACCCCCUCCAAAGAACGGUCAGCGAGGCGGUUAGCCUCCGGAACACUGCGACGAUCAAGUGGGAAGGAGGGGUCAAGAUUGGGGGCGAGGCCACGAUCAAGGCGAAGGUGCCAUUCUUCGUCGACGGCCAUAUCAAGUCCACACUCAAGUUACAUGCGAGCCACAGCCGCGAGUACACCAACGAAACCAUUCGAACGCUGACGCUUGUGGACGCGACCACCGUGAAGCCGUGGAGGGCGAAGAGAUGCGAUCACACUAUCGUGGGAACUCUCACGACGAGGGACGUCUUCGGCGCCUACGCCCACUUCUGCUCCGCCCACCACUUCGAGUCCUCCUUCGGCAAGUUCCUCAAGAAGUACAAUGCCUAUGGUGACCCUGAGGCCCUUGCGCAAGUGGUGCUGUCGGGCGUUGAUGUUGUGCUCGUGCCCCUGGACGCCACUGGCAGGCUUAUCAUCACCCAGGACUAUCUCAACAGGAUCGAGGCCAACCUCCGCACACCUGAGGCCUGUUGGGUCAACGCGCUCCUCCUUGUCCUCCAACAGCAGAUGGGACCCCCUCUGGGGCCCCAUGCUGCCGCCAUGCUCGUCGACCAGGACCACUACAUCGCUGACAUUGCCACUGUCCCCAUCACCAUCGUCACCCAGGCCAUCAAUGCCUCUGAGGCAGGCCGCACCAUGCCCAACCUGCAGGGCACCCUGCUCCAAGUGGUCCUCUCGGCCAAUGACGUCAUCUUUGAUGACCUCUUUGCCUAUUACAAUGCCCAAAUGGGCAGGUCUCGCUGUCAUAUUUGCCACUGA